AUGCAACUAUUAGAAAGAUUAUCACAAUUUUCAGAUAUUCUUGCUUCUGCCAAAACUUCGUCUGUAGGUCAAUGGAACCUUGAAUAUUUGAAAAAUGUAAUUCAAUGUGCUAUUGACGUGGAGAAUGAAGUAUCUAUAACAUUAGAAGAAGAAAUUAAAAUCGUUUAUCAAAAAUUCAUCUCAAAAGCCUCGAACGAAGGACGCGCUCGACCAUUUGAUUUUCAAGAAUUUAAGAGUGCAUUUUAUUCUUUGUACGGAACAUUGUUGAAAAAUGUUCAUUUAUCAAGCGAAUUAGUAUCUUUUCUUAUAGACACUUAUAAUUUUCCACUUGAAGAUUUAUCUUCCAUAAAAGAUAAUAUUUCUGAAGAUAUUCAACAUUUCGUUAAACCAUUGGUGACAUUUGAGUUAUUAGUCAAUAUUGAAAACAUUUUGAGUGAUGGAUUAUAUCAGAUUAAAUAUCAAUCUGCUCAAUCUACUCAAUCUGCACGAAAUCUAGAUCAAAAUAAUAAAUUAUCCAUCAUCAAACAUGAAUUUUCUUACAAACUUUCGCUCACAACUAAUACAAAUCGCUCGGCUGCAAGAAUAUUAUUACAAGAUCUCCUCAAAUUCUUUCAAAAUUGUCAACUAGUAGUAGAUAAUUCAAUUGAAAGAAUCAAAUCCGAUUUACAUAAUUAUGCAACAAGAUUAAAAGGUGGAAUGGAAAUUAUAACUCAUGCGGCAAUAUUAUCUAAACAAGAAAACGAUAGGAAUUUUCCUGAAUUAAAUUAUAUUAUAUUGGAUUGGAUUACUUCAAUUGUUGUUGUUGAAGAUGCUGAUAAAGAAAUCAUCAAAGAAAAGAUAUCAUUAUCUGAUAAUUUAAAAUAUAAAAUCUGGUCAUUACAUCCUUGGUUAUUGACUCAACUUUCAUUGAUGCAUCAACCUUUCUUUGAGAUUUAUUUCCAAAUAUUGAUACAACGCACACAACAAGAACAACAAUAUAUGUUGGGAAAAUUUUCAAUAGAAUUAAUUCAACCAAAAUUAUUUUAUCAAUUAUCCAAUUUAUCCAAUGAGAUGGUGUUACAUUAUAAUCAUAAUAAUGAUUGUCAGGUUAAUAAAAGCAAUUAUCAAAGGUUAGAAGGUUUGUUAAUUCAUUGGGAAUUAUUCUUAAAUAUUGGUAAUAUUGAUGAAAAUAUUGUUUAUUUAUUACAACAAGAAUGGAUAACAUUUAAAAAAAGAUCAUUGUUGUAG